AUGCGGCAGGAGCACAGGCAGGAGUACGGGCAGGAGUUCCGGCAGGAGUUCCACCAGGAGUACAGGCGGUGCCUGGAGCAGGAACUCGGCCCCGCCGGGCCCUGCCCGGACCCCGCGGUGGCGGAGCGGCUGCGGCAGCGGCUGCGGCAGGAGCCGGCGCUGCUCGGGGCCCUGCAGGAGGACGGCCCGGCCCUGCUGGCCCGGGGGCUGCGGGGCCAGCCCGACCCUGAGCUGGCGCUGCGGGGCCUGGCUGGCGCCUUCCGGCUGCUGGAGCUGGCGGCCCUCAAUCUCUACCUCUUCCCGUGGCGCCGGGAGUUUGGCACCAUCCAGACCUUCUCCGGCGCCUUCGUGCACCUGUUGCGCCCGGCGCUGCCCGAGGCCGACCUGCUGCGGAGUCUGGGCCGCCUGGGCUACGAGCAGCAGGACCAGCACCGCCUGGCUGUGGCCCGGCCGCCCCCAGGGCCAAUGCUGAUCGCAGCCGCUGCCGGGUUCCUGUGCUGCCGGCUGGAGUGCGAGAUCCUGGGGGAGCUGGCGCUGCGGCUGCAGCCGCGCCAGCCCUGCGCCGAGGAACUGCUGGAGGCACGGCACCGGGCCAGGGACGGGCAGAGCUGCCCGGAGCUGCUGCGGGACCCAGGGAUGCAGUGUGGGGCGGCUGCUGAGUGCGUAGAUCUGUACCGGGACACACUGGACAUCCCCGAGGACAUGGGGGGUGAGGACACAGCCCCCCCAGCACGGUGGAGGGACCCUCAGGACGUGCCCGUGAGGGGCUGGGGACGCUGUGAUGAGCCGGAGCCUGUGAGCAGUGCUGAGCCAGACACCUCUCACCUCUUCCUGGAGCAGGAGUUUGCAGGGGGCAGCAGAAGCCCCCAAGUGCUGGGGGAGCCCCAGGAUUGCCCCCAGGAUGCCCCGGAGCUGCCUUGCUACCAGCUGCACUCGUGCCUGCGCCGGGGCACGCUGCCCUCGUACUGCUGCAGCACCUGCCGGCAGCUGCACACAGGGGGCUGUGCCACAGGCCGCGCCUGCCGCAGCCGGCACCACGGGCAGGAGCUGCGUGGGGAGCGCCAGCAGCGGCUCUGGCUGCAGCGCACGGAGCUGGACAUGCUGCUGGCCGACGGCUCUGGACCCCACUCCUAA